UUAGACGUUAGAAAUAUGUUUUGUGCGAGGAUAUAUGAAUGGCUUCAGUUGUUUAUUCUCACAGAAGCUAUUGCUCGACUAUCGGCAGAUGAUUCCAAACCGAAAAUCAAAUCAUUUCAAUUUUCUGGAGACUUGCGUUUGGGCAUGAGGUCUUCAGUCACUUGUGCUGUCAUCGAUGGAGAACCACCUUUCACAUUUUCUUGGUCUAAAGAUGGUGUCGAGAUUCACUCAAAUAAUGUCCUUUCAACGAAGAUUGUGGACGAUUUCAACUCCGUUUUGUCUAUCAAGAAACUCAGCCCCGAAAGUAAUGGAAAUUACACUUGUAAAGUUAGCAAUCAGUACGGAAGCGCGGCUCACUCCGAUGCAUUGCUUAUGAAAGUACAGUUCCAUGAUAGCGUCAUUGCGCGAUCAACCACAGUUGGCUGCAGUAAUUACAUGAUCAAACUUGAAAAUAUGAAUGUCUCCCAAGUUUUGGUGUUGGAUAUAUGUUUGUCUCUGUAUUUUGCUAUUGUAUACGGACUAGUAGGUGAAAACAAGCCAGAAAUUAAACCAUUUCACUUUUCUGGAGUGCUGAAAAGUGGCAAAAGAAUUUCUGUGUUCUGUACAGUCGUUGAUGGAGAUCCUCCAUUCCAGUUUACCUGGUUCAAAGAUGGUCAAGAGAUCACCGAUAGUAACACAGUUGUGAUGAGAAAAAUGGACGACUAUACUUCGAAUCUGGCAAUCACAAACUUGGGACCAAAUUACAAUGGAAACUACACGUGCCGUGUUUCGAAUGUUGCUGGAACCGAUCAGUAUUCCGAAAUGUUGUUAAUGAAGAUGUCUCCACAAUGGGUGCAGGAACCAAAAGAUUUAUCUGCGAUGGGUGGACAGACGGCUGCCCUCGACUGCUUCACCCGGGGAUAUCCCAAGCCCACAGUCAUGUGGAGGAAAAAGAAUGAUGACGGUAGCGAUAUGGCUGUAGUGGAAAAUUCACGUUGGAAAGUGGCUGAGAAUGGUUCUCUCAUCUUCAAAAAAAUUAGCAAGGAUGACGAAGGAGUCUAUACAUGUGACGUUUCCAACGGUGUCGGAGAAGGUCUGAGAAAGUCGGCCAGGCUCAAUGUUAAAGCCCCUCCUCGAAUCUCAUCUGCCUACCGGAUAAAAGCUGCAAGAAAAUCCGAGUCGACAACCCUUGUCUGUGAAGCCGAAGGAGAUCAACCUCUGAUUACAUCUUGGGCUAAAAAUGGCGUCGGUCUGCAAACUACAGGAAGGGUCCAAAUAAAUGAAGAACUGUCAGCUACAGGGGUGAUCGCUCAGUUCACAAUUCUCUCCACGCAUCGAAAUGAUGGAGGAUCUUACACUUGUUCUGCAAAGAAUAAAUUUGGAGAAGUCAACAACACCAUAAUUUUGAGGAUAGUUGAACCUCCAGAGCGACCUGUGUCUGUGAAGGUUGGAGAAGUUUGGAGUCGAGCGGCCACUGUGUCUUGGUCCAGUCCUUUCGAUGGCAACAGUCCUAUUACGCAGUACGUUGUCCACUACUGGAAAGAUAUAGAAGGGGCAUCUCAUCGCCUUCAAGAGCGAAGUGUGCCCGCUACCCAGACAACCGUCCUCCUGAACGAUUUGCAGCCUGGAACUACCUAUCUGCUGAGAGUAGUCGCAGAAAAUGACGUAGGGAGGGGAGAGUCCUCCGAACCGUUCAAACUUCGAACUGAAGAAGAAGCUCCCUCUGCUGCGCCAACGGAUGUGGCUGUCAUAGCAACAGGACCAACGAGUGUCUCCGUGACGUGGAAGGCACCUCCAAGGGAACACUGGAAUGGUCGCCUUCUAGGCUACUAUGUGGGCCACAAACGGCAUCAAUCUAUGGAGCCAUUUGCAUAUCACACUGUGCCAGCAGGACGGUCCACUCAUGCCGAUUAUCGCCUGACUCGUCUUCAGAAAGCCACGCGCUAUUCUGUGGUCGUAAAAGCCUUCAACUCCGUAGGAUCCGGACCUGAAUCUCACGAAAUACUCGUUGAAACUUCUGAUAAAGACAGCUUGAAACCUCCCCACCUUUAUGUUUCGGAGACCAGCGACACUGCCGCCCUCUUGGAAUGGGAACAUCCUAGAGAUCUGCCUGAGAAUGUGUUCACACAUUAUAUGGUAUACUACCGCCCUGGGGCAGAAGGUAGUUGGCACAGCGUACAUGUUCCCUCCAAGGACAAGAGAUUCAAGCUAACUUCAUUAGAGAGUGGGACCAAAUAUCAAGUGUAUCUGACUGCCUACAGCGAGUCCGGUGUCAGUGAUCCCAGUGACACACUUACAUUACUUACAGAAGGUAAGGCACUAGCGCCAUCUAUCGUCAGUUCUGGUGGAGACACUCCGUAUUAUCUGAAACUUCACUUCAUAGUACCUGUGGCGGCAUCUAUCGUCAUAAUUGUCAUAGUAAUUGUAGUAGCUUGGGUCUGGGUCAAGAAAGCUCAAUUUCGAGACGAAAGAGAAGCAGCCCGAGUCUCUUUGUAUGCUGAAGCAUACUAUACUUUACCUCACAAGCCUGGAUUUUAUCCUCCUCAGCCCGCAACAGCGGCUGCUGGUCCGACGGUUACGCAAGAUGAUGCGUAUGACGUACCUUGGGAUUUACCUGUAGCUAGGCCUAAACAAUGAG